CGUAUACUCCAAUGGCUGGAACACGUCGAAGGUCGCCUCAACAGCACGGAUCGUCGAGGAAACAACCAAAUCGUAGCGCCAAGCAGCGCGCUGCCCGCGACCAACUGGAGCAAGCCACAAAGGAAUCAGCCACUCAGGCUUCCCAACAGUCUGCCUCUAGACGUGCCGCCGCGCGCUCGACCGAUCCGUUAAUCGCCGCAACCGAGCGCAUGGUGGCCACUUUGAACGGGACUCUCGCGCCUGGAGAACAGCCGGCGGAAUAUGCAUACGUUUAUCAAUAUCUGCCUCCUUACUUGGCCAUACCUGCCGGAACCCCGAUGACGACUGCUCUCAAGGCCACCGUCACCUAUUCGCCAUUGUCCGAGGAAGUCAUGAGGUUGAUGUUCAUAGCGGAGUGUGGGAGCGUGGAAGCUGGGAUGGAGCAGGCGCGCGAUGUAUACGCCAACAGCGACAUCAGAGGGGGUAACCCUGAUCCCGAGGACACGACAUUGCAGCUCGUCGAUAUCCCCGGCCAGAGCUAUCAUAUGCGCUUCUGGCAGGGGCAUCAGGACGCGGGGCGCUCUAUCACCUUUCAGUUUUGUGACAACAAGACUCGACAACCAAGGAGACGGCCCCGCGGACUGCGUGUCUACUUCCGUGACACCCUCAAUGUUCGACGAGAGAUCAAAUCUGAGGAGUACAUCUUCGGCGCCCCCCAGCUAUCGAAGGUUGCGAGCGAAUCCUUUGUCACGUACGAUGGCUACAAGGUCGAACUCGUCGUCAACAACGUUGCCGUCAAAAUGCUUCGCAUGCCCUGCCGUGCUACCGAGAGCCAGCCGGCCACGCCUCUCGAGGAGCUUCCGCUCGAGGAUUGAUUGAUCAUGCGAGCUACGCGUUUUGUAUCUGUUUUUUGUAUCCUGUAGCCUGUACAAUGCUUGGUUGUACUGAAUGUAUACUCGGCUAGAGAGGCAUCACGAGAAUGCCAAUCCGUUUUAGGGCCAAAUGCCUCA